CUGGGUGCAUUUGUUUCCAGAUGUUGUCAGGUGUAAUGCAUCUCUGCUGGGUGCGUUUGUUUCCAGAUGUUGUCGGGUGUAAAGAGUCUCUGCUGGGUGCGUUUGUUUCCAGAUGUUGUCGGGUGUAAAGAGUCUCUGCUGGGUGCGUUUGUUUCAGAGCGUGGAGGAGAAGGAGGAGUUGGAGCUGCUGUGUGCUCAGCUGAAGGGAGAUGCCCGGAUGUACCGCCAACGAAACAAACAAACCCUCCGACAGCUGGAGGAGGUGAUCCGAGAGAGAGACAAGGCUCUGGCGUCGCGGGCGGAGCAGCAGGAGGAGGCGUGGCUGCUCCUGCAGGAGAAGGACCAGUACCGGGAGAUGGUCCGACAGCUGACGGAGCAAUCUGAUAGGCUGGAGCUGCUGCUGCUCAGCUUGCAGGGGGAGGAGCUACAGCUGAGAACACGCCUCCGCAGACUCACCUCCAACACCCACCAGGGUGAGAGGAGCAGUGAGGAAGAGGAGGAGCCAGCAGAGAGCGCUGCUAAAGGCAGCAGCGGGACGUCGGGGGAUAACGAGGAGGCAGCAGCGUUGCAGCAACACGUCUCUCCUGUAGGAGGCGCCACAGAGUCUGAACACAAGCCCAGCACUGAUGCAUCAUGGAUCCAACCUGAGGACAGCACAUGUGAUGAUCAGAGCAGAGAGCAGACAGACGGGAAGACGGACGCAGAGAGACCCUCCACCUGGAAAUGGAUGACCUGCUGCUGCUGCUGCUGCUGUGGAGCUCAGUUACCUUCUGAUUUAUCCUCAGGUCUCCAGGCUGAAGGAGACCUCACCUCAACAGAGUCUGUCAGGUUGGUGGGAGGAGCCAGUCGCUGUGGAGGAACACUGGAGGUGAAACAUAACGGAGAAUGGAGACCAGUGAGUUACUCUGACUGGACCCUGAAGACAGCAGCUGCUGCCUGCAGAGAGUCAGACUGUGGCUCUGCUGUUUCUGUAGAGAGAGAAGAGUCCUCAGUCAGAUCUGUGUGGGUGAUCAGGUCUGGCUGUGGUGAGUCUGGAUCUGCUCUGAGGGAGUGUGCUGGAUCACCUUCCUCUUCCUCCUUCCUUCAUCUCACCUGCUCAGGUAACCCCAUCAAAGACAUGAAUGAAUGA